UACAAGAUCCUCUCUCGCUUCUCGUCCUUGUAACUCUGUCAUUUUGAUCCUGUAAUUCCCUGCCAUACCCGUAUACCUAGCCUCUCCACCUAAUUUCUAGCCUGAAAAGAAGAAGCGAGAAGAAUCGAGACGAGAUGGUAGCUACCGAGAAAGAAAUCCCCAUCCUCAUCGAAGAGAUCCGGCGCCUAGCAGACCCCGCUACGCCAGACCAGGUCAAGUACGGGAAACUCGUCAGGGACGACCGGGUUGCCAAUCGAUUGGAAGCACUCGUCGGCACCCUUCGAGCGGCAAGGAAACAGGGCAAGGUCGAGUACGAAGGGGAGAUGUUGUUCCAGGGCGUACAUGACGAGGUGGUCAUCAAGAUCAAGGAGCAGAAGGCAUAAGCUACAAUAUUAGAAGCGGAGAUAGUCGGUGAGGCGAGAAGGAUGUCAUACCCUAUACAUCCUAUAUGUGUCUCUCCUGCUAUAACCUCUCUGAGACCGUGACGAGCAAUCUGAUUUAAUCUGAACGAUUACAAGAAUACGAGCCGACCGGCGACCUCCUUGCCCGCUGCUACCGUUACGUUAUCCGGAAGCAACUUCUGAAUUUGCAUCCGAUGAUCCGGGUCGACACGUUCGAUGACUCAUGGCUCAUGGCACGCAGGGUGCACAGCACAUGACCCCCCACUCCAUGCACCUUCGAGGUC